AUGUACUUGACAAAGGGUGACGUGCACAUCGAGCAGUUCGCGUAUCAUUGUCCUGCCCAGGAGCUCAAUCACUUUUGCCAGCGCUAUUGCCAGCGGCCAGUGACCAAAGCGGACAUCUCUUACACGACGAACAAGUUUGGCAAUCAGUACCAAAGCAUCGUGAAGCUGGAUUGCAUCCAGGGCCAAGAAUAUGCGGGGCACCUGUGCCUGAAUCAGAAGGAAGCGGAAAAGUCUGCUGCCGAGCAGGCUGUGAUGGCCUUCCGCCCACAGAUGGAGAACUUGCCCCCUCCCGCCUCUAAGGAUCCAAAGAAGAAGAAGGAGAGGCCCAGGCUUUCGCCAGCUGAGCUUGCCGCGAAGAAGGCCAAGCAAGCUGAGGAGGGUGAAAACCCUGCUGUGACACCGAAGACGAAACUCAAUGCGCUGGUCAUGAAGAUUGCAAAGCGUUACCUGCAGAAGGGGGAAACCAUCUAUGAGACGAAGACAUAUGCAGGCGGCGGUCACCAGGCCACCGUCCAGCUGAAAGCGCUUCCGGGAGACUGGGGCAAUCGAGUGUGGGCUGGACAUGUGAGCUCCACCAAGCAGAAGGCAGAGCAGAGCGCCGCAGAGAUCGCUCUCAAACAGAUCAGCGAGGAUCCUGAAAUGGUGGCAGAAGCGGCGAAGCCAAAAGGGGCAGGGAAAGGCAAAGGCAAGGGCAAGGGCAAGGGCUUCGGCUUCAUGUGGGGCGGAUGGGAUUGGAACAUGAUGUGGGGCGCUCCAUCUGGGCCCAAUCUGCCACGUGAGAGGGUCACUACAGAGCCAGUGGUGGGUGAGGUGGUGGAUUGGAAGGACAGCUUCGGAUGGGUGAAGUCGUCUGCUACAAUUGAUCACCCGUCCGCCAAACAAAGAGAGGGCAAGAUCUACGUCAGCAAGAAGGAUGUCACCAGCGGAACCAUCACAAUGGGAUGCGGAGUGAGCUUCCAUGUGUACAAGGACACUCAAGGACUUGGCGCUGAAGAAGUGACGGUUGGCAGCCUUGUGGCGCAGCGGCUGUGCGGCAUGGGGAAGUUUCAGGUGAAUGCAGUUCUGCGCAACCGUGACAAAGCAUCAUGGGCAGAAGGCCUGGACAAAGUGUCUCUUUUUGAGGCAGACACUCGGGAUGCCUUUGCUUUGGAGGCAGCUCUUUGCAAUGCGAACGCAGUUAUUUGCACCACUGGCGUUCCGGCCUUCGGCUUUAGCGGUCAGUGGGACAAGGGCAACCACCCAGAAAGCGUUGACCAUUACGGGGUCAAAAAUGCAGUGCAUGCGUGGUGGUCAGUGCCCAAGCGCCGCUUCGUGCUUAUGUCUUCCAUAGGUGUUCGACGUCGGGACGGGUUUCCUUACAGCAUCUUGAAUGGUGGCGGCGUUCUCGAUGCCAAGGCCAGAGGAGAGGCAGCAAUAGCAGAUUUGGCGAGGCAGCGUGGGUUUGCUUUUGCAAUCGUGCGUCCUGGACAGCUCUUUGGCGGCCCAUAUGACAACAAUCGCUACUUGGGCACUCUCUUCCAGUUGGACAAAGAUCAGGACUCGUGUGCUGUGAAGCUGCAGCCCGGAGACGCUGCAGUGGGUGACACUUUGCGAAGCUCUUUAGCAGGAGUCCUCGUGAGAUGCUUGUUCUCAACCAACCCGGCUAUGGAAUUUUCAGUUGUGAAUGAAGAGGGGGUGCCACCCACAGAGGAGGAAAUCGAUUCAAUGCUGCGGUCAGCUGGGGUGGCUGACCUGGGACAGGAAGCGGAAGAGGCAGACGAGCAGAUGCAGAAGCGCUUGGACCUUGCAAAGGACACUUUCGGCCAAGCUGUGGGGAACAUGGUCAGUGGAAAGAUGUUCGACAAGUCUGAGUGA